ACACAUGCAGAUCAGGAAAAACAAGUUUAGAGGCAUUGUUUGUCAUUCUCCCUUCUUAGCUCUGUCUUCUUGCUCUUCGGUGUUUGUGUACAUCCUGACAGUAACCUCAGCUGGUUUGAUUGAGUCUACUUCUGCGUGCGACUUCUGCCAAGCGGGUCAUGGACUACUCUCAGCCUUUCUCAGCCCUCAACGAGAGGCUGAGACCUAAAUUCACCACCAGCGACCAGCUCUACUCGACUCUGAACAGACUGGAGGGCUCGCUCAGGAGCAGAUCUUCAUCUUACCGACCUACAGUUCUGCCACCUGAACCAAAAGCCCCUGAGACCAUCACAGAACCAGAAGAUCCAGAGGAACCUGAAGACGACUCGGAGCAGGAAAGCUCGGUCUCUGAUGAAGGAAACUGUGCUGAUCUGUUGAACACGUCAUGUCUCAUCACUGAAUUAAAUUUAAAAGAUUUUGGAGAAGAAGAGCUUGUUGACGAGAACAGGUGCACGUCCUCAGCUGAGGAGAAAGACAAUCCGGGUGAGCUGACCUCAGAGGGGACAGAUCAGUCCAAGUUGGUGGCCUCGGACAGUGAAGGUGGGAGCUCCCUCCAGAGGAGCUAUGUAAACGGGACUUUACCAGACCUGAUCAAGAGUGGCAGGCCGCUCAGCAGACGGCGGACACUGGGACAUGUUUCAGACACGCUGAAAGAGGUGCGCAGGGAGGUGGAGCUGUCUCGGAGACGGAGCAUCAAGCUCAAAGCGCAGGUGGACAAACUGCAGGAGAGCAGAGACGGGCCGGGAUGGAGCCAACACAGAGAGAGGGUCACAGAGGAGGUUCUGUCAGUUCUCCGCCUGCUGCGCCCGCUGACAGAGUCCGAGUCCAGCCAACCUGAACCCCCUCAUGGGGAAAACAGCCUGGAUGCUUCACUGGCUCAGCUGCAGAAUGUGGCCCGCGAACUGGCAAUCUGCCACACCAAACAGUUCAAGUCUGGCACAGACAAAGGAGCAGAGGACAGCGCCAUUCUGCAGCAGGCGUUACGGGACAGAGAUGAGGCCAUAGAGAAGAAGAAGGCGAUGGAGGCCGAGCUGCUGCGGAGUAAAACGGAGAUGAUGUUACUGAACAACCAGCUGCUGGAAGCCGUGCAGAAACGUCUGGAGCUGUCGCUGGAGCUCGAGGCCUGGAAGGAGGACGUUCAGCUGAUCGUCCACCAGCAGCUGCAGAUUCAGCAGCAGGCAGAGCAGGCCCAGAAGAAGCCCUCCCGCUUGGGCAUCCUGAGGAGAAACAACAAACCGCCCAUCCAGCGACCAACCAACUUCCCUUUGUCUGUGCCCGUCCCUCCCACAACCAACUCCAACCAAAUCUUCGUGCCAAGAUCUGGGAGUUCUGCUGCUAUAGCUCCCAGCACACCUCCUUCCUCCCAACGCACCUGGAGGGACAAGCUGAGGAGGACGAAAACCAGUCGUCAAGGAGACCAGGAUGGAGCGGGGCAGGAGUCAGACGGCAGGGGUGAUGACGGCUUUCAGGUUGUAUCACUCGAUUGAAAUAGUUUGGACUUUGCACUGAGUGCAUUCAUUCUGAUGCACAACACUCACACUCAAAGUUUCUCUGUGCUUUAAUCAGAAUUUAACACUUGUAUGUCUGAGUAUGAUUAUUGACAUCACAGCUAGUAGCUAAAUGUUGUCCAAUAUGAAGCUUACACGAGUGUGAUGUGGAAACAAACACCAAGGCUGCGGUCAAAUAGUCUGUUUCAUAAUUGAGUGAAAUGACCUACAAAUAUCUAAGAAGCAGCCAUGACAAGCACCGAUUGAAUUCUCUAAUUCCAAAUGUGCACAGGGUGUAGUGUAAAAGAUGAGAUUAUAGCAGUCCAUCUUCGGAGCAUUGUAGUUUCAUCACUGAAUACCCACAUCAGUCACAUCUGCCGUCAUGUAAUUAUAUAGGACAUUUUUAGCACCUUGGGGAGUCUUUUCUGAAGUACCUAUAAUUUUUUUUUUUUUUUUUUGACUAUUUUGACUGCAGCCUAAAAAUGCACUUCCUAGUAGUUUAAGAGACGUCUUGAGUCCUGCAGUUAAACCUCUGAAAUGAACAAUAUUAUUUAUUCAUAGAUUCUGGAUUCUUUAAUAAGGAAAGAGCAGAUGUCAAGAUGUUAAUGUUAAAUUAAAAUGAUAUCAGACAAGUUAUUAUUCCAAGCACAGUAUUUCUUAAGUAUUUAAACAUGUUUGGAGGGAUCUUUCAUUUAUUUUUGGGAAAACAUGCUUUGGAUCUUUAAUGUAACUAACUGUGAUUAUGAACGAGCCAUGCAAUUGUUUAAUACGUAACACUCUAAUGCAUUACUCAAACAGUCCAGUAUGUAGGAUUUAGGAGCAUCUAUUGGCAGUAAUAGUGUAUAAUGAGUAUGAGUAGUUUAUGUCUAAACACAGAGCAGGUCCUCUUUGAAGGACACCGCUAUGUUGUUCUACAGCAGCCCAAAAUGGAAAAAUCAACAUUUGCGUCAGCCGCCAUAGUUCUUAGAUAUGCUUGGUACGUGGGAGAAUUUUAAGUUCUGCAACCUCACCACUAGAUGACACUAAAUCCUACACACUAGACCUUUAAUUUCCUGAAUAUUUAUGUCAUGUUGUGAAUAAAUGUAAUUGUUAUGGAAAAGCUAUUUUAAACUUCCUGCAGAGUCAGACUGCAGUUUGUCACUUUAGUCUGCACUUAAAAAUUCAAAUGAAAAACUAAUAAACUUUGUUGCAGAUUUAUAA